UUGUUGAUUAAGAAAAUGGCAUCCGUUUCGGCGAACUCUGGAGCUGAUCGACUGGCGCAGCUAAAGGCCUUCGACGAAACGAAAGCCGGUGUAAAAGGUCUGGUGGAUGCCGGAGUGACCGAAAUCCCUCAUAUCUUCUACACGUCGCCUGAUAUCAUGGACAGCAACAAAUCAAGUGACGAGAAGUCACCUUCCCCGUCCUGA